AUGGCGGCCGUCAAGCGCGCGCGGGUAACACUUGGUGGCGUGGAAACAGCCUGGCACACCGCGGGCGCGCGCGCGCGCCGAUCGCGCUCCUCAGCGGCGCAUACUCCCAGAUUCCCGAGGUCCAAGAACGUCUCACCCGUGGCAUCGCGGCAGCACGGCGCAACGAUAUGCUGCAUCCGCCACGGUUUGCAUCCGCUCAACCCAUUUUCCCGCCGCGGCGAGAAGGGCACCAACCAGGACCACUGCUCCAUCGUCUGGGAGGUGAGUGAGUCCGUUCCAUCUUUCGUUACUCUGUCGCUGGCCGUCCUUGCAACCACGUCGGACGACGGAGGCGUCGCCGCCGUACAGCUCACCGUCGACUUUAAGCCCGACCUACCCCACGAGAAGGAGCGCAUCAGGCAAUGCAAGGGCCGGGUGCACAGCCUCGGCGACGAGCCCGGCGUGCACCGGGUGUGGCUGCCCGACCGGGACGCGCCGGGGCUCGCCAUGUCGCGCGCGUUCGGCGACUACUGCGUCAAGGACUACGGCGUGAUCUCGGCGCCGGAGGUGACGCGGCGGCGGAUCACCGCCCGGGACCGGUUCGUCAUCCUCGCCACCGACGGGGUCUGGGACGUGCUCUCCAACGAGGAGGCCGUGCGGGUCGUGGCCGCGACGCCGGACAGAGAGAAGGCGGCGAAGCGCCUGGUCGAGUGCGCCGUGCGCGCGUGGAGGCGCAAGCGGAGGGACGUCGCCGUCGACGACUGCUCCGCGAUCUGCCUCUUCCUCCACUCGCCGGCGUCCUGAACUGAUCGAACAGCUAUGUUGUUCCUGCAUCGUCGUCGGGAAAGAGGAAAUCGCACGCGCAGUUGUGUUCGUGUUAAUCGGUGCCGGUGCGCGACGUCGCCGUCGGAAGAGACUGUCUUUAGGCCAGAAGGUCCAGUUUGUCUCAUGACAUGACCGGGACGUUGCAGGAUUGGUCUGGAUCACCGGAAAGUCUCCGGUAUUCACACACUCGCCAAAAUGUGCGAGAAUCAACGACAGCCACUAGCAUAAAGCAGAAGGAUACAAGAGACAUUUUUUCGUCACUUUAUUGUGUGUGUGUCUCCUGCUUGUAGAAAUGUAAGUAAAUUAUCAUUUGAGUUAACACAAAUAAACAGUAGAUGAAAUCAAAAA